AUGGACCUCCGCGAGCACCUAUCGGGGAAACCCAUUGGCCCAUCUCUCGACGGCACGUCGUCAACAGUGCUCGUGCGCUAUAUGUACGACGGUGGCUCCUUGGCACAAGGUCGCCUUUGCCAGUUUGAGCCCUCGAGUGCAGCAUCGGCCACCGGCUUGGAGCUGCUCCGCUGCCUCGCAAAUGACGGCGUUGACCUGACGCGGUUCUAUGUCUGCGUCUACGAGACGAUUGCCUCGAGAGGUUCGUGGAUGCCGGUAUUGCGCGACGUGGUUGACGCUGACGCCGACGCGAACGACGCCGCCGACGCACUCCUUCCUCUGUGCGCCGAGGCGCCUGAUGGCUCUCCCGUGGCUCGCCGCAUUGACGUCAAACUCUUUCGCCGCGCUGCCGCCUCGUUCGAUGCAGCGCGCGCCGAUCAGGCGGCGCAGCCAUCGGGGAAGCUUGCAAAAGGCGGAUACUUUGGGAUCGGUGUAGUUGGCGCGAAGAAUCAAGCCAACUUGGGCACCCUCUGGCGCUCGGCGUAUCAGCUCGGCGCGAGCCUGCUCUUCACAGUCGGCACGCGGUACAAGAACCAGCCCACAGACACGGUGCACGCCAUCCAGCGCGUCCCGUUCUUCGAACUGGAUGACUGGAAUGCGUUCGUCGAGACGUGUGCGCCGAAAGGGGCGCUGUGGGUCGCUGUCGAGUUCGGCGGCACGCCGCUCUCAGAGUUCGAGCACCCGCCCAACGCCAUCUACCUGCUCGGCUCGGAGGACGCGGGCCUGCCGACUUCUGUGCUGCGCGCGUGUCAUGCGACCGUCUCGCUGGAGUCGGAGAACUAUGCAUCGUACAACGUGGCCGUGGCGGGCUCGAUCCUCAUGUACGACCGGUUGGCCAAAGCACGACGCAGGCAAGAGUCGGCGCGGCUGGGCGUGCGGGGCAAGGGGACGCAGUGGUGGGCUGGAGUGUCGUAG